GCUUUAUGUAUCGACCAUAUUUGCCCUAUGCCUGUCGAUGGUUGUUUUGUCUUUGCCCAUCGAUGACUUUAUUUUGCUGCUAACAACAUUUGUCGCAUUCGGUUACUGUACGUUUCAAACCUUUUCCUUCUCUUAUCUCGGCACUGAGCUCAUUGAGCAAAGCGAAGCAGUAGCGGAUGCAAUUUUCCACAGCAAAUGGUACACGCAGAAGCUGAACAGACAGAAAGACAUGUGUUUCUUGAUGAUGCGAGCAAAUAAGCCGGUGAAAUUAACUGCCGCCAAGUUGUUCGUUGUAACACGUGACUCCUUCACCCAGGUGAUAAAACAGGCGUACACAAUCUUUACAUUGAUGUCACAGUUUUUGGACAACCCUGUGAAUUAAAAUAAAUUUAUUGUAGAAAAUUAUACAAUUGUGUAACCAAUCAAUUAUAAUUGACAGUGCUCUAAU